AUGGCCCGUUUCAACCCCAUCGCCAUGCUCAGGAGCAAGCUUGAGGAGUACAAGAAUCAGAGGAGGGAUUCCAAGCAGUCUUCCUCGUCCACGUCAGAGGGCGGGGACAGUUUCCAAAGAUCUGCCAGACUCAUCUUUAUCAGGGCUGGUCCUAGAGGUUUCGUGCUGUCUGUGGAGGGCGGCUCCUUGCACAUGCACAGACUGCCACAACCGGAACGGCAUCAAGGCCCGCCGACCCCUUGCUUGUCGGCGUCAACUCAGAGCCACUCUCCACCCACUAGCUUUGAAGGCAAUGGAACUGCCAGUCCUCAAGGGCCACCCAAGCCAUCCGAGGAGCCGCAGCAAGAUGUGACCAGCAAGGCUCAAGAGCAUCAUAGGGAAGAAGAAGAAGAAGAAGAGGAGGAGGAGGAGGAAAUUAAAGAAGACAACGACGCUUCCCACUGCAACCCCGGGUCCGUAGAGCUCUACAAGAAGCUCAAGCGCAUGGACUCCUUCGACCUCCCCUACCGACUCAAGAGAGUCAGCCGCACCAGCGACCCCUCAAACCGCUCCCCGCCCCCGGAGCCGGAACAGCUGCAGCUGCGGACCCCAUCCCCUUCCUCCUCACCCUGUCUGCCCUCUCCCCCACGCUCUUCCCCACCUCCGCCGCGGUCCCAUCCGGAAAGCCUGAUCGAGGACCGCAUCAGAUGGCCCCUGUGGGGCGACGCGGACGAGCACCCCGAGUCCGCCGACGACAGGGACGAGGCGGGGAGCUAUGUCCCGGCGAGGCAGAACUGGCUCAGGAGCCUCGUCCCGCAAACGAGCUCUGAUCUCCUGCCACGCCGGGAGAAUACAAUACAACGACAGCGACACGCGUCCCCACUUCAGCCCCAAGAGAUCGCUCAACGCAGAGGCAGAGGCAGCCACCAGAACGAAACCAUGAGCGAUACAGCUAGGCUAUCCGGAACGCGGCCGCGGAGCAUAUCGCCGUCGCUCGACGUCGUGCAGGGGCAUAGUCCCGCCCCAGGUGUCGUCGGUAAACGCUGGGCUCCGAGCGCCAGAGUUUUAGAGACCGCACCAGAAGGUGCCGAUGCCGAGAAGGCGACUGAGCGUGAGCAGAUAUGGUGGGUGAUGACAUCUGCUCCGAAGACCCUAAGUUGCUGA